AUGGCUGAAAGAUCACAAGAUGGGUUCAGAUGUCUUGAUGCCUGUGCUGGAUACAUAGCAAUGGCUGUAGAAGCAUUGUACCAGAAGACACGCGCCACUGCGACCGAGGAUCUAAUCAUUAGUUCGCCCAAUGAGCUAUGCUAUCGAUUGAGAAUUAUCCACUUUGACAAAGCUUUAGUACUAGAAGAUGAUAAAGACUCCGCCAUACUUUUAUCGCUGACUCAACAGCAUGGUAGUAAAGAUUGGCAAGAAUUUCGCAUUUCUUCAACCACGGGAGAUCUUUUGAUGGAGCAUUGCUCAGGUUUGAUUCGCAUACAAGACACUGUUGAUGAGCAUUUGGCAGAGUCUGAUAACACACCCCUGCAAUACCUAACUUCUGGCAAGGUCUGGUAUAAGGCUCAGGCGGAAGCCGGUUAUGGCUUUGGUCCCAGUUUCCAGAAGCUACUGAAAGUCGAGUCUAGCAGUGGUCAACGACAAUCUCGGGCACAAGUGUCGUUGGCAGAGCCAGCUUCAAAAUGGUCACCGCAAUCUUACUAUCCAAUCCAUCCAGCAGCUCUUGAUGGAUGCUUCCAGACAGUCACACCCGCUCUAUGGGCAGGAGAACGCAGUUCAGUAAAUGCUGUCCUGGUACCUUCCAUAAUCGAUGACCUGAUUAUCAACAGUGUACCUGCUGGUCUCCAGGAGGAUCUCUCGCUCGCUUCCUCGGAAUAUUCUGGCCGUGGUCGUCUGGAAGAAGCUAAGAGCUACUUUGCUAAUUGUUCAGUCUAUCACCCAGACACUGGUGCUCUCCUUAUGCAGAUGUCUGCACUACGCUUCGCUAAGUUAGAUACGGGAAUAAAAACAGAUCCACAUGUAUUUGAUUGCAUUUCUUGGAAGCCAGAUAUCACUUUCUUUUCCCAGGAAAAGUUAGGUGGUCUGGAUGCUGAGAAUUCCGAGACUCAACUUGAUUCGGUUAUAAACCUAAUUGCGCACAAGCGGCCUGCUUUGAGAAUUCCUAAACCUACCUAG